AUCUUAUAGUUCAAACGUACUCUCAAGCCACAAAGUUAACAAUACAAUUAUACAAUAACAACACAUCUCAUUUUGUUCCAAAGCCCUUUUCUCCUUCCUCUCACAAAAUCUCAAUAGCCAUACCUAUCACCCUCUAAGUAGCACAAUAAAAAAUCAACCCUCUUAAAAUGGAUCGUAAUGAGAAUGGAUUGAACAAGAAGCUUUUCUUGAAAAGAACAUUGCAAUUUGUUUUCUCAAUUUCUGCUUUUUCUAUCUUCCUUUGUUACUCUUCUGGCUUUUUCAUACACCCUCAAACCUUCAAUGCCUACUUCUCCACAUUCCUUUUCACCUUGUUCACACACACCCUUGAAAGGAAAUACAUGUUUCUCAUUUGUAAUGGAAUCCUUGCAUUUCUAGUCAAAAACUCACUCAUCAUCACUACUACCUCUUCACAUUCUCACUCUGAUCAACUUCAUGCUUCUGAUGAUAUGGUAGACUACCGGAAGCAACAACUGACUAAUGAUCAGGACCACCAAGAGAUAUGGACUCAUCAAAUAGUUGCCCCUUUAACAAGUUUUGAAUCUCAUGAGGAAGUUUCUAUUAUGGCUGAAGAACAAGAUGAUGAGUACUGUGAAGAAAAAGUUUCAGAAGCUGAAGAACAUAAAGAAGAUACCUUAUAUAUUCAAAAUGAGGCUUGCAUAGCAGAUGAAAAAGAGAUCAAGCUCAAAGGGAUAUAUAAUGAUGAUGAUGAUGAUGAUGUUGAUGAUAAAGUAGAUGAAACAACAUUGGCAACAAAUGAAGAAUUAGUAAAUACAGAAGAAUUGAACAGAAAGUUUGAAGAAUUCAUAAGGAAAAUGAAAGAGGAGAUGAGAAUUGAAGCUCAAACACAACUUAUUUCUGUCUAGUAUAUGAUAAUAUAUCUAAGAAAAGAAGACAAGGGAUUAAGUACUUUAGUCUUUUUUUUCAUUUGACUAAGCCUUAUGCUUGUAUUUCACUUUUUAGUCCCUUUUGUUAAUUUGCAUUGUGAUGAGCUAUGAUAUUCCACAUCCUUCUUCUAGCUUCUUAA